AUGAUGGCCGAUGCAGCAACUAACAAUGGCACUGUUGCAACAGCUGCCGCCGGUGUUGCGCAGACGGCUGCAACGGUGGGCGGUGGUAGUGGUGGUGCACUCGAUCCGAACGUCAUCCCCCAGUGGAAGAAAGAAUUGAUCCAGCGGCGGAAGAAUCUAGCCAAAACGAUCGGUGCCGUCGCGACACAGGUGCACGAUUCGGCUUCCACCGUGGCCGCGGCCAUUUCAGCCUCAUCGCCUGUGCAAACACACCCCCGUACACCCACCGGUGGUUUUCCCGUCGGUAGUCCGUUCUACGCCGGAACCGGAACGAAAGAGAACACAACCACCCUCUCCACAAACACAAGCUCCCCGCUCGAGGGAACAGUGCCCGACAGCGAAACGUUGCACCCUUUUCCAUGCCCGGUCGAACCGAACGUGCACGAUAAACACAGCGCGAGCACACAACAGUCGAACAGCAAUAAUGAUUCCACUCUACCUUCCGUUAAUGCUCACCAAGCAGUUUCCUCCCCGACACUGCCGUCGGCUGCUGCUGGAUCAUUCAUGGGAGUUCAUUUCGGGGCGAAUGAACACGUGCAACAACAGCAACACAACAACAACAAUCACCAUCACCACCACCACCAUCAACAGCAGCAGUCGCAUAGAGCUGGUGUUGGUGGAGGCGCCCGAGUCACAGCGAGUGAAGCCGUAGUGGUGCAGUCGGCAGCAAGUGGACCAUCGCCAUCGUCGCUCCCGACGGUUAACGGAGCUCAUUCGCAUUCCAAUGCCGGUUCGGAACACAGCGGCAGUAGUGCUGCCAUCGCAACCGCAACGAACCGCACGGGCACUGGCAAUAGCAGCGUGAUCGUCGAGCGUGAAAGUUCGUCCACCGUGUGCAAUAGUAGUGGCGUCGUGGUCAGCAACACCAUCGGUAGUAGCAACAGCAGCAACGGCAAGUUGGCAGUGUCCGGUGUGACAAACGGUCAGCAGCAGCAGCAGCAGCAGCAACCCAACUCGAGGGACGGCGUCGCAGCCAGGAAGAUGGUCGCAGCCACGGCCACGGAGGAGAUCGUCGUCGUCUACGAAAAGAACUCGGUGCUCGGCGGUGGCCUGGAUGCGACCGGUGGUGGCGUGGUAGGCGGUGGCGGUGUCGGUGCGCUCGGUGAUGCCGGUGAGGAGCUAAAGUACGGGCCCGGGAUCGUGUCACGGUUGCGCUGCCGCUAUCUUAGCCUGGCCCUGCGCCAGUCCGUCGCCAAGCAGCGCCCAUCGCUCAACAGCAUGCGCCGUGCGACCAGCCUCAACAAUCUGCUGGACGAAGAAAGCGAAGAUUUGAGCGAGCGCGAACAAUCGAUUGGUAGUGAGGGUACGGGCGGUGGGGGUGGUGUUGGUGGUGUCGGUCAUCAGCAGAAGAAGUAUCAAUCGCAGAAUUAUCACAACAACUACAACCACCACCAACAGCAGCAGCAGCAGCAGCAGCGCGAACACUACAUUAACGGAAACGGCAACAAUCAUAACCAUAACCAUAACCAUCAUCAGCAGCAGCUUCAUCCAACGGUAGUUCUGCAGCCAACUUACCAGAAGCAGCAGCACCAUUUCGCCCCGAAACAACAGCCGUGGAUUCAGCAGCAGCAGCAACAGCAGCAUAAAGAGGACGAUCAGCAGCAGCAGCAGGGAGGCGUAGCGGUCAAGACGGCACCGUUUCUGCGCGGCGUGCAAAACAGUUAUACGCGAGCGAGCCGCCAGGUGGAGAAGAAGAACGAGUACAAUCGCUACACCAAGCAUCAUCGAGGUGCUAGUGGUGCCGACGCGGUCCUGCUCAAGCGUGCUCGCUCAGUCGAGGCUCUGGUGCGCUACGAUCACAAGGCCUGGGAGCGGGACGGAGCCAACCCAGUAGCACCGCCAGCAAUAGCAACAGCGCCCGUACCAGCACCAGCGGCCCUUGCCGUGUCGUCCUCGGCCGAGGUGGGUAGCAAUGUGAUCAUACUGGACGAGAUCGCGCAGGCAACGACGACGAUCACAGCGACGGCGACCGCAGCUGCGACAGUACCGGCUGGUGCAGAGGUGGUGCACGGCGGCACAACCAACGGUAUUUCCAGUUCGGUCUCACCGACGGCGAUGCUGAUGAACGGCAAGGGGACCGCUGGUGGAGCAGGCGGUGCAUCAUCGGAGCUGCCGCUGCUGGUCAGCGAUUGUGUGACGAUCGAGGAAAAGAUCAUCAACGGGCGCGAGAAGGGCGAUCCGAAGCCGAAGCGGCUGACCUCGUUCAUCGAUGCCGACGAACGGCCACCGCCGGACGUGGUCAAGCAGACGAUGAAGAUUUUUGAGGCGAAUGCCAACCGCCGGGGCGGUCGUGGUGUAACCGGUACCAACACGAACGAGGUGGCAACGAAGGUGGCCAGCUACCGUUCGAUCAUCAUCUCCGGUUCGGCUACGGCCGGUGCAACAACGGCGGCGGCGGCCGUCUCAUCCGCAGUCGGUCCGGGUGACAAACCGCCCAUCACCCAUCCGAAGCCACCGCUAAGCCCCAAGAAGCCAAAUAUCAAGCCACGCACCGCUAGUCCGAAGCAGCAGCAACAGCAUCAGGCCACCUCAGCCAAACCGCCGCCGACACCUAAAUCGCUGGAAGCUGUCAACAACCUGAAGAACGCACCUGGCGCACCACCAACUGUCAAAAACAAUAACAAACCACUGCCACCCCCGAUGGCUGGGGUAGGUGGCACGACGAUUGAGUCUACGCCACCGUCUCCACCGGCACGAAGUAAACACACGACGACCGCAGCCGCACUGAACGGUAGUGUUGGUGUCGUUCUCGCGAAGAACAUGCAAAGCAACAGCGUUGGGGGCAGCAGUGAGGGUGCUGCUAAUGUGGCGGGUACGCAAUCCGACCCGACGGACGUGAAGACGAACGCACUCAAGAAUGGUGGCGCGGUGCGCGAUCACUACAACUACGAAAACGGCACGACACAGGCAACACCAUCGACUAAGACGUCGUCAUCGGCGUCGUUGAAUCCAGGGUCAGACGGUGGCCACCAACACAAGCACAACAGCAAUGUAGCACAGGAGGCAACAACACCAGCAACAGCAGCAGCAGUGUUAGCGUCGUCAUCGCCGUCGGGAAUUUGCGAUUCGCCUUCUAUCCAGCAGCUCACGAGCAAGCUCGGCAGUCUACAUCUGGCGACCUCUACGCCGACUGGAGCUGCGAACGGAUCCGUCUCAGUGCAAGAUCGCCGUAACCUCGAGUACGUAACGAGUGACGAAGAGGAGGACGACGAAGACGACGACGUAGACGGCGAGAACGUUAGCGGACGGCGCAACACCACGUCCUACACGGUCAAUCCGGAUUCGAGCGAGAGUGAAGACGCACGGGACCACCCGGGUCAGGCAGGCGGCAGCAGCGAAAACGACGCAGACGACGACGACGAGGAGGAGGAGGAGGACGAGGAAGAGGACGUCAACGGUGAGCAGCGUUCGGUGCGAAAGAUUUCGCGCACCGCAAUGGAGAACAUUGCCCGUGCCGGCACAACGACGCAGUUCCGAUUCAAUGGAGCUGUCAAAUCGUACCUUCCUGGCGCUGGUGGUGGUGGAGCACCCAGCACCAAAGCACCCGCCCCACCCAUUCCGAUGUCCCGCGAGAGCCUCACCGGGAAGGCUAACGGUGCUUCGUCCGCGGUACCGAUUGAGGUCAACGGGCGCCUACCGCCAGAGGGAGCUAGCGCAACAGCCGCUCCCAGCAGCAGUGUGAACAGUGUUGGAAAUAAUAAUGGCAGUGUUGGUGGUUCUAUUGGUGCGAUACAGCAAACGAGUGCGAGUGGUAUCGGUGCCGGUUCCGGUGGUUCCGCGACGUCGGUCGGUCCAUCCUUAACGCGGCGCGAGAUCGAGAAGAAUCAAAUCAAUCGCGAAAAGAGUGGUGAACCCGCCGGCCUGGCGUCGUCCGGUACGAACAGCAUUAACGGUACCGGCACAGUUGGCCUGACCAAUGCUGGACCCGGAACGACGGCACCCGCCGGGGGCAGUAGUGGUGGUAGUGGUGUGCUAGUGGGUAGUGCGAAUAAUGCGAAUAAUGGCGGUGGUAGUGCGAAACAACAGACCACCGCCAACAACAGUAUCAGUGCGGUCGAUAGUACCAGUUCGUUCGUGGCCAAAUGGGGUACCGGUGGUGCGGGGAUUGGGGGUACGGGUGUGACAGUGGCCACUGCUGGACAGUCGCCCCUGGCCGGGCUGGUGCCGGUGCGCAAAAAGACGAAACCACCGCCAAAUCAUCAGCAGGACGGUACGAACACGAUGGUGUUUAACUUCAGCGACCGCAAGGACGUGCCGGACUACAUCGAGAACGAUGGUGUCAUCAUCCGGCCACGCCCGAGAGAGCUGCCUAAGCCCGGCGAGUCCGGUUUUGUGUUGCUCGGCGACCUGACGCUAGAAACCUCGACCGAUCCGGACGAUGCGUUGCCCACGGGGCCGCCAUCGCCAUGCAACGGUGAAUUUGCCAACGCCUACAUCGUGAUCAAUGGCAAAUCGAGCAUGAGAAACAAGACUAGUAGAAGUAAUAAGUUCAAAAUUCAGUUCGACGAUUCGCUUACCUCCACCUACGAGUAUCCUUCGGAAACGUCCCUGCUGGAUAUGAAAGGGGACGACGAUACGGAUAACGGCACGGAUACGAAUGGGGGUCUCGUACCGGCUGCCUUCGCCGACAACGGGCUCCUGUCGCACACGAACAAACUCCUCUCCUCGGUGCCACUUGGUUCGGCACCGUUUGCUAGUUAUACCCCAGUAAAAGCCGCCAUAGACACGACCUUCGAGCUGGGAGUGACCCGCACGCCGUCACCGUCGGCCGCCAGUACGGCUAGCAGCACCGGCUCGAACGGAAGCCUUACCUCCUCGAACAACAGCAGUAGCAGUAAUAGUCAUCCCGCCCCAUCCGCCAACAACGGUGAGCAGAAGCAUCAUUUACCGCACGCCGCCACCGUACCGAACGGCCAUCAUCAUCUCCCGCUCCAACAGCAGUACCACCCGCAUCAGAUUGACCGAUCGAACGGUGUGCACAGUAACGGCCAUACCAGCAACAAUGGACCGACGGACAUGAUCCUGAACGGUGCCGGCGAACCACUGCUGCUCAGCGGGACGGGCGAACCGGAAAGCAUCCAGUACCUUAAGCCGGCCUCCGACGAGCAAACGGUCAACUGGAGCCAGGGCACGCGUGUCACGGAUUUGCUGUUCUAA